AAAAAUAACUGAUUAUUGAUACAAUACAACUGAAGAAAACCUGAAACCACCCAUCAUUUAUCUGGAAAAUAUAUUUUCUUUUUUACAUCAUUAAUUAAAAUCUUCAAACAUUUUCUAGAAACCUCUGGUCCGAAUCUUGAUUUUUUAACCAGCCGCAGAAUUCCUUACAACCUUGUGACAAUUUCACAUACAUCAAUUUCUCGAAGAGAAGAAGCGACUGAUCCAGUAGCAGAAAGAGCGAGAGGGAUGGCUUUAGCUCCAACUUCAACCAUCGAUGAUGGCCCAUUGUUUGCUGAGGUUGAAAUGGGGGCCGACGCCUCCUCUCCGACCAUACGCGCCACCGUGGUUCAGGCAGCCACCGUCUUCUACGACACUCCCGCCACUCUUGAUAAAGCUGAGAGACUAUUGGCUGAAGCAGCCUCAUAUGGUUCGCAGUUAGUUGUCUUUCCCGAAGCAUUCAUCGGUGGGUACCCACGUGGAUCAAAUUUCGGUGUCACAAUCGGUAACCGCACAGCCAAGGGUAAAGAGGACUUUCGGAAAUACCAUGCUGCUGCUAUUGAUGUUCCGGGUCCUGAAGUCGAUCGGUUGGCUGCUAUGGCCGGAAAAUAUAAGGUGUAUUUAGUGAUGGGGGUUAUAGAGAGAGAUGGAUAUACGUUAUACUGUACGGUUUUAUUUUUCGAUUCUCAAGGUCGUUACCUAGGAAAGCAUAGGAAACUCAUGCCGACUGCAUUAGAGCGAAUUAUUUGGGGAUUCGGUGACGGAUCGACAAUUCCCGUUUUCGAGACACCUAUUGGCAAAAUCGGUGCUGCUAUUUGUUGGGAAAAUCGAAUGCCCCUUUUAAGGACAGCAAUGUAUGCUAAAGGUGUCGAAAUAUACUGUGCGCCUACAGCAGAUUCUCGAGAAGUGUGGCAAGCAUCGAUGACUCACAUUGCCCUCGAAGGCGGUUGUUUCGUUCUAUCGGCCAAUCAGUUCUGCCGAAGAAAAGAUUAUCCACCGCCACCGGAAUAUUCAUUCGCUGCCACUGAGGAAGAACUUAUGCCCGAUUCUAUUGUUUGCGCUGGCGGCAGCGUCAUCAUUUCUCCGUCCGGAACUGUAUUAGCAGGUCCUAACUACGAAGGGGAGGCACUCAUAACCGCCGAUUUAGAUAUUGGAGAGAUUGUUCGAGCGAAAUUCGAUUUCGAUGUGGUCGGGCAUUACGCGAGGCCUGAAGUACUGAGUCUGGUUGUUAAGGAUAAUCCCAUGACUCCAUUUUCUUUCACUUCAGCAUCUGUUAAGGCAGAAAGCUCUCAGAAGUGACUUUGACUUUGGCUGAACAAUCUCAUUUUAUUUUCUUACAGUUCCGUUGACUAAAUACGAGGUUUUUAUCUAUUAAGGUUGACUUUGAUGUGUGAGUUACUUUUAAAUUUACAUACUUUGGAAAAUUGUAGCAUAUAAAUUAAUUCAAAUAAAACACAUCUUAAUCACUUGCAAUUA